AUGUUCCCCAAUGGCACCGCCUCCUCUCCUUCCUCCUCUCCUAGCCCCAGCCCGGGCAGCUGUGGCGAAGGCGGCGGCAGCAGGGGCUCCGGGGCCGGCGCUGCGGACGGCAUGGAAGAGCCGGGGCGAAACGCGUCCCAGAACGGGACCUUGAGUGAGGGCCAGGGCAGCGCCAUCCUCAUCUCGUUCAUCUACUCCGUGGUGUGCCUGGUGGGGCUGUGUGGGAACUCCAUGGUCAUCUACGUGAUUCUGCGCUACGCCAAGAUGAAGACGGCCACCAACAUCUACAUUCUGAACCUGGCCAUUGCCGAUGAGCUGCUCAUGCUCAGCGUGCCCUUCCUGGUCACCUCCACGCUCUUGCGCCACUGGCCCUUCGGCGCGCUGCUCUGCCGCCUCGUGCUCAGCGUGGACGCGGUCAACAUGUUUACCAGCAUCUACUGUCUGACUGUGCUCAGCGUGGACCGCUACGUGGCCGUGGUGCACCCCAUCAAGGCGGCCCGCUACCGCCGGCCCACCGUGGCCAAGGUGGUGAACCUGGGCGUGUGGGUGCUGUCGCUGCUCGUCAUCCUGCCCAUCGUGGUCUUCUCGCGCACUGCAGCCAACAGCGACGGCACGGUGGCCUGCAACAUGCUCAUGCCCGAGCCCGCCCAACGCUGGCUGGUGGGCUUCGUGUUGUACACAUUUCUCAUGGGCUUCCUGCUGCCCGUCGGGGCCAUCUGCCUGUGCUACGUGCUCAUCAUCGCCAAGAUGCGCAUGGUGGCCCUCAAAGCCGGCUGGCAGCAGCGCAAGCGCUCAGAGCGCAAGAUCACUCUAAUGGUGAUGAUGGUGGUGAUGGUGUUUGUCAUCUGCUGGAUGCCUUUCUACGUGGUGCAGCUGGUCAACGUGUUCGCCGAGCAGGACGACGCCACGGUGAGCCAGCUGUCGGUCAUCCUGGGCUAUGCCAACAGCUGCGCCAACCCCAUCCUCUACGGCUUCCUCUCGGACAACUUCAAGCGCUCUUUCCAGCGCAUCUUGUGCCUCAGUUGGAUGGACAACGCCGCGGAGGAGCCAGUCGAUUACUACGCCACUGCCCUCAAGAGCCGCGCCUACAGCGUGGAAGACUUCCAGCCCGAGAACCUGGAGUCCGGCGGCGUCUUCCGGAAUGGAACGUGCACGUCCCGGAUCACGACGCUCUGA